UAAGAAAUAUAAUAAAAGCCAAAAGAUAACACAAAUUUUAUUUGUUCGUGGCACACUUUGUGAUAUAUACGGUCAAUGCGUCGAACGAAGCCGAAUAUUGUGAUCUUAUCUUCGAUCAAACUUUAAUUUAAAAAUUUAAUUAUUUUUCAAAGUGCCUUUCAUCCUUGACUAUAGACAAUGAAAGACGGAAUAAGAUUGCGUCAACAUGUCACUAAAAGAUCUACUGGUGAUGUGCUGUAUGAGGAUAAAGCAUUUUCAAAGAAGAAAGAAGUACUGCCAAAUGAAACUCAACAUUUACUUUUCCUUUUUACAUUUUAUCUUUUUGUGUCUAUUAUCAUAAUUACAUUUGAGAAGAAAUUACCUGAACCAUUAACAAUAAAUAAAGAAGGUCUAUACCCUGGAAAAUUCAUAGCUGAAAGAGCACAUAAUCACCUUUUAAAUAUUACAUCUAUCGGGCCACGAAUUGUUGGAAGUUAUGAGAAUGAAGUAUUGGCAAUUAAAUAUUUAACAAACAUUAUCAAUAAUGUAGUUAAAGGUGCUAAUGAGAAUCAUAAGAUUCUAAUUAAUGUAACCAAGCAUAGUGGAGCUUUUCCUUUAAAAUUUCUGGAUGGAAUGACAAACGUAUAUAGAAAUGUUCAAAAUGUCAUUGUUAAAAUCGGUCCUCACAGAUCUACACAGAGUAGUUUAUUAAUAAAUUGUCAUUUUGAUACCUUUCCAGAAAGUCCUGGUGGAUCUGAUGAUGGAGCUGGUUGUGCUGUGAUGUUAGAAAUUUUACGUGUGAUUGCUCAUAGUUCAAAGUUGUUAAAACAUAACAUUAUAUUUUUAUUUAAUGGUGCUGAAGAAAACUUAUUACAGGCUUCCCAUGGCUUUAUAACACAACACCCUUGGGCCAAGGAAGUACGGGCCUUUAUAAAUUUAGAGGCUUGUGGUGCAGGUGGUCGUGAAUUGUUAUUUCAGGCUGGACCUGAUAGCUCUUGGAUGCUUCAGAUAUAUGCUAAAUCUGUUCCUUAUCCUUAUGCAUCAUCCUUAGCUCAAGAAAUAUUUGAAAGUGGUAUUGUACCUGGAGAUACUGAUUUUCGAAUAUUCAGAGAUUUUGGAAAUGUUUCUGGUCUUGAUUUUGCUUGGGCAACCAAUGGUUAUGUGUACCAUACUAAAUUUGAUAAUAUUCAUCAAAUACCAUUAGGAUCUUUACAAAGAACUGGAGAUAAUAUUCUUGCUUUAAUACAAGGAGUAGUAUUAGAUAAUUAUUUAUCCAUGGUACCACCUCAAGAUCGUACAGGAAAUCCUGUGUUUUUUGAUUUCUUAGGAAUUUUUGUUAUUAGAUGGCCACAGUAUGUGGCAAGUACAAUCAAUAUUAUUAGCAUAGUUGGUGGUAUAUAUUCAAUAUAUCUAAACAUGCAAACUGCUCGACGAGAUGUGAAAAGAUCUGUAUAUUUAAAACAUCUGCUAUUAUGCACUGGAGCAAUAAUCGUUUCAUGGCUAGUAUCUAUUCUUUCUUGCACAUUAAUUGCACUUGUUCUUACCAAGCUUGGAAAAGUCAUGAGUUGGUAUGCAAGACCAGCAUGGUUGUUUUUUCUAUAUGUAGUUCCAACUAUUUUUGUGUCAAUGACGUUCUUUUUAUUUGUUGGAUCGCGUCAGAAGAAGGAACUUAAAUCUACAUGGGUUUUAUAUGAAAUAUAUUGUGAUUCAUAUUCUAUAAUAUGGAUGUCUGUUCUUUCCUGUUGUGUUGUAUUCGAGAUACGAUCUGGUUUUAUACCAUUACAUUGGGUUGUAUUCCCCACUCUUGGAAAUAUACUUCGAUGUAAUUUUUUUAACAAAUGGAAAGGCUGGAAAUGGCUGUUUUAUUAUUUAGUGACAAUGUGUUUACCUUACAUACAAUCAUUUUAUUUAGUAAUUGGAGCUCUUUAUCUUUUUAUUCCCAUAAUGGGACGAUCUGGUAGCAGUAUAAAUUCGGAAGUUGUUAUGGCUAAUAUGUUGUGCAUUCUUUUUUCUUUGUUACUUAGUUUCACGUUACCAUUUGUACUUUUAAUAAAAAAUGCAGAAAGAAUCCUGAGUGUAUUAGUGGGAAUAUUUUUAAUAACUAUAGGUAUACUAAUUUUGACCCCACUUGGUUUUCCUUAUAGUGGUGAUUUAUCGUCAUUAGCACCAGAACGAUUUAUGAUUGCGCAUACACAAAGACAAUAUUAUGAUAUUAAUGGUAACCUACGACAUUCGGGAACUGGCUAUUGGAUAGCUGAUUUAGACAUGAAUAGUCCAUAUAGUGUGGAAGCUAUGGUACCUGAAAUAGGUGCUGUAAUGUCAACAGUAAAAGAUUGUGAAAAAGAAUUAUAUUGUGGCCUACCAUAUUUUAUGCCUGUUACGACAUUUUUAUGGAAAACAAGUUGGAUUCCAGGUCCUGCACCGUUAAUUAGUGUUCCAACGAAACUUGAACUUAUUUCAAAGUCCACAAGGCAAAAUAUUGUUACCUUCACUUUUAAUAUUACAGGUCCUGAUCACAUAAGUAUAAUUCUAUCUCCAUACAAAGGUGUUCAUUUAGAGAGAUGGUCUAUUUUAGAAGGGAAACCAUUAGAGGGACCUAAAUGGAAUGAUAGAGAAACGUACUUUAUUUAUUAUUCUUGCGCGUCGAAUUGUGUUCCUUUUAGAUUUUCUCUUGAUUUGAAUGUAAAUAGUAUGCCCAAAACUCCAUGUUUAUCAAUAGCUCUAGGCGGUCAUUUCUUACAUGGUGAACAUCAAACAUCUUUGAGAUUCAAACGAUUUUUGGCACAAUUUCCACCUUGGUCAGUCGUCACUCCUUGGACAGCUACGUACACUUCUUGGCAAUUUUAAUAUCAUAGAACUGAUUGUUCUAUUGAAUCUCUAUCGAAUGCAUUUUCGUGAAGAUAAAUAAUGGCAGCUUAUUGAAAACGGCACUGUACUACGUUGCGUAGUUUUAGAUACGUUUAAAAGACAUAUAAUACCUAACAAUGCAAAUCAUAAGCUUAAGAGUAGAGUAACCCCAUACUACACAGGCUAAUUCCAAUGCAAUAUAACAAGAUACAU